UUGAAUCCGAUGUCGGGCAGAUUUCACCGCUGCACACGAGUUACAUAGCCGGGGAAAUUCACGCCUGAUGUGAAGAAAUUUCAAGAUGACAAUAACAGGACGAAUUUGCUCUCAAUUAUCACAAGUUUCUUUAUAUCAUCAAAUUUCUACCAGACCAUGUGCCACAAGAAUGUUCUCCAUGACAUCACAGCUUCAUGCAAAGUCCAGAAAACCUCCAGAUGAAGAUGACGAAGAACUAUCAAAACCCAUCAAGUUCUCCACAAGCAAAGCCAGCCACAGAUCAUGGAGCGUGGACCGCUCGCUGGGCAGCACUUCUCAGCGGCCGUGGUGGAAAGUAUUACCCAUCAGUGUUAUAGGAGUGGGCUUUCUUCUCUGGUGUGUCUUCAGAAAAGAGACAGCGAUAGAUGAGUCUCUGGAGAAAAACCUGUAUGAACAUUUACCAGAACUACUGCCUGAUGAAGAGGAAGAUGACGAUGUCAAAAACAAACCCUGACAGUGGCUUAAAUGGGACAUUUUCCAUUUGUAAUGUUUAUUUAUUGUUCUGUGAACUGCAACCGCCCAAACUUUCAAAAGACUUAGUUUAAGAACUAAACUAAGUUAAAUCAGAUACAUUUUAGUCGGUGGUUAAGACAAUAAUGAACUACUUUGAGAAAUCAUUAGUGAACCAGUGAAUUCAUCAUGGAUCUGUACAAUAAACCUGAUUGUUUAAAUUUAAGUCCCAUUUUGUACAUUUACCUUGUGAAUGCCAUCAGAGGCGAAAAUCUAUAACAAUUCAUUUAUAUAUUACAAAUAGGACUUUGAAGGAAAAAUGCAAAAUGUGAUGCUUGCUACAUGAUGCAAAAAAAACUUUGAACAAUAAAAUUAUUUGAAUUUAUUAAAACGAUAUCCCCUUGAAAUGUAACAUUUUUGAGGGGGCAACAAUACAAAAUAAACAUAUUUAACUCCC